AUGGACUGGACGGUGGGGCGUUUCAUCUUGGCAUGUGUUCUAAGUUGUAUCUGUAUGACGGCGGCAGUGGAAGAUUUCCUUUGGUUGCUUUCGGCAGAAGGUAUCGAGACGGAUGAUGUACGGGCAGAAUUUGGGGAAAGCGCCACACUGAAGUGCGUUUUAAUGAAACCUAAAGAAACCCUUAAUAAAACCUUUGUUCAAUUGACUUGGAAGAAGAUUCGGAAGGGCGAAGAAACUAAACUGGCCACAUACAGGAAAGAUACCGGAGUCAGGGUGGAGAAAGCGUAUGAGAAUCUACUAAAUGUCAGCAUAUCGGGUUCGAACAAGACAGUCAUCACUGUUUAUAAAACUAGCUUAGAGGAUGAAGGAUGCUACGUCUGUGUAUUUAAUUUCUUCCCGCAAGGAGCCAUAGAAGGGAAAGUCUGUCUGGUAAUUUCUGGUGAGGUGCUGAUUGAAAAGAGUCAUAAAGUCAGGCUUGGUUAUGCCACAACACUGAAAUGCUACCUGCGGAACCCAGUAAACGUCACUCAAGUCUCAUGGGAGAAGAAUGGACAGACCAUCGGGAUUUACAGAUCUGGGAUAACAAAGAUUGAACCACAAUUUCAGAAGAUGGUGAAUUUAAAUAUGGAAUCUCCACAUGUGUCUGCCCUUACCAUACACAAAGCCGCCCUUGGAGACGAAGGAGUAUACAAAUGUGUGUUCAACAGUUUUCCAAAGGGCUCCACAGAUGGGAGAACCAAAUUACAGGUCCACAGUAUUGCAAACUGCCUCCAGCCUGAAAUGAUUGUGAUGACCCUCACUCUUCUAUCGUUUCUUCUUUGGCUUUAUUGGUGACACUCGCC